GCAAUUCAAUGUCGUAAAACUGGCAAUAGUCGUAAGCUAAUCUGUAAACCGAGAUUUUGUAAAUAACACAUUUCAUCACAUUCACAUAAAUAGCCUGUAUAUCUGUUCAGAUAUAAACCAGGACAUUUCGAGGUUUAACAGAAAUUUGAAAGCAACACAAUCAACAUGUCCAGCAUGGUAAUGGUAGUAGGACUCGGCCUUACAGUAGCAGGGUUGACAGGAAGACAAUUUUUAAAGUACAGAAAAGCUCUUGAAACAGUCUAUAAGACAGCAGAAUUCUUACCAAAAGAUCCCUUCAGUAAAUACUACAAGGGAGGUUUCGAAAAGAAGAUGUCAAAACGAGAAGCAAGUCUGAUUCUUGGCGUAAGCCAAUCUGCAUCUCCCGCCAGGGUCAAGGAAGCUCACAAAAGAAUAAUGUUACUGAAUCAUCCAGACAGAGGUGGAUCUCCAUACCUUGCAACAAAGAUUAAUGAAGCAAAAGACUACCUUGAAUCAAAGAAACCCUGAUAGCAUGUGAAAAUGGUCAACAUAUUGAGAGAUGCUGAUUGCAAAUGCAAGAGAAUGGACACAAGAAGGACAUUAUUACUAUGAUUGAUGAAGGCAAAUGGCACCUGUAUUAUGAACAUUGUGUGAUCCGAAAUCGCAUUAUCUGCUUUCUUUUUCACUCAUUCAGUAAAAAGAAAUACCAGGAUACCCUUGAAUUUAAAUUAGUCAUGGAAAAUUGGUGUUUUGCUCAGAAACUUCAUCAAGCUGCUUAUAAAUCAUAUGUGCAUAAUAAAAUUUCACUUUAAGCAAACACAAUCUAUUAAUUUUUCUGGGAACAAUUAUUUUUGUGCACAAGAUGCUGUCCAAGUAAAUAAUAUUUAUUGAACUGAUUGUAUUGUGUACUGUUUGUUGGUUACCUAUGUGUAUACAUUUAUUAAUAAAUUUAUGAAAUUCA